UUGAAGGUAUCAGAGAUGGUUGACAGCCAAUCAGAUUCGGAGUACCUGCCUCAACUCACCCCAACCAGCGUCUGCACGCUUUUUCCUUAUGACACACUCCACAUUUGCAGUUAUUCAGUCAUUUUCUUAUAUAUUUAAUUUAACGCCGUCCACUGUCCAUUCUCGUUAUUUCAGAAGUUUCACCUGUGUUAACAGACUUUUGACUGAGUCUAUCCCUGUCGAGCAAGGUGACUACAAUGGUCAAGGAUGUGUCCGGAGGGCAGGAUCAAAACGGCAACGGAGAGAUGGAAAUGGAGUACAGGAGCAGGGACACCAGUCAGCCAGCAGAAAGGAAGUCCAGAGGAGGAGCUCUGCCUCUUGUGUGAUCAUAAAGACUGGUGGUGGAGUCGCAGAGGCAAAUCUACAGUCAGUGGACAUCUGGGGCUUUGCCCUGAGAUCUUUGAGUGAAGGCACGGUCACACAUGUGCGAAUGCAGCAUUUCCCGGCUGUGAGCGGGGCCUUCAUGGAUUCUCCGUACAAUGGCAACACGUCCCUGCAGACGUCCACCUCCAACCUCAACACCGCCUGCUCUCGACCCUCAGAAACAGAGGAUGAUGGGAAAGUGAACAGUGACACCAUUUGGCUGUGGAUCGCCGUGCUGGCUACCAUUGGCAACAUCGUGGUGGUGGCUGUGGUUUGCGCCUGUGCCUUCUGACAAGAUGGAAGAAUGGAGCACAAAUACUGCUGCUCUCGGAUGAUGGGAAAUCUUGUAUAUCCUGAAAAUAUAUAUUUUUCUUCAGAAAUGAUGUAAUAUAGCCUUACUUUUAGAUUAGAUUUUUGAAGAGUUUUAAAAGGGAAUUUGCAUGGGAUUAUUUUAUUUUUUUUAAAUAGAAGAGAGUAAAAUAUUAAAAUACAGUUAAAAUGGGAAACACAAAACUAUUUAUUUAUUUAAAGCAGUCAUCAGAUUUUUUCUGUUCACUUUUAUAGUGAAACAAUGUUAAGAAAAGCCUUUGGUUGAACCAAAAUAACAGUCACAAUAAGGGAUUUCUAAAAUAGCUACUGCAGCAGAUUUAACUUAAAAUACUGGAUAUCGACCAAACAAGACCACACACGGACAGAUGCCAUGCAUAUAUACUAUUACUUUAUUUCAUAUUUUGCAAGAAAGCACAUAAACCAAAUCAAGCCGGCAGAUCUACAGAAUAGCAAUUUGAGUUACAGUAGACGGCUGCUUAAGGAGAGCUUCGUUCAUUCAUUUAACCAACUCAGAUUUUCUCUGUUCGCCAACAACCAGCAACCUUUCAAUCACCAUAGUCUGAAAGUAUUACUGUCUCAUUAACUUUUCACUAAUAUUACAUUAAAGGUUUCCUAAUUCAGCCAUUUUUCCUUGUCAACCGGGUAUAUAACCUG